AUGAGCUUCACCGAUGCGGAUCCUCCGGCCCCCCCUCCGGUUCCUCCGGUUCCGGUUCUGCUCCGGCCCGGUUCUGCUGCUGCUGCUCGGGCUCUGUGUGUUCCUGCAGACCCGGACCCGGUUCCUCUCCGGACCCCAGGAGGAGGAGGAGAAGGUUCUGCUGGAGGAGAAGGUUCUGUUGGAGGAGAAGGUUCUGCUGGAGGAGAAGGUUCUGUUGGAGGAGAAGGUUCUGCUGGAGGAGGAGGUUCUGCUGGAGGAGAGCAGCCGGAUCAUCGCCUCUCUGGAGGCCCUGCAGGCGGGGGUCUCUCCUCAGGCGGGGGUCUCUCCUCAGACGGGGGUCUCUCCUCAGGCGGGGGUCUCUCCUCAGGCGGGGGUCUCUCCUCAGGCGAGGGUCUCUCCUCAGACGGGGGUCUCUCCUCAGACGGGGGUCUCUCUUCGGACGGGGGUCUCUCCUCAGACGGGGGGACGGGGGUCUCUCCUCAGGCGGGGGUCUCUCCUCAGGCGGGGGUCUCUCCUCAGGCGGGGGUCUCUCUUCGGACGGGGGUCCACUCCAGACUCACGGCUCUGGUUCUGACGGGUCGGCACCCCCCCUCCGACCCGGAGCUGCAGCAGGUCCUCAGGGUCCUAAAGGAGCUCAGGUUCACUGUGACCAGCAGAGCCUAUGCUGAGACCAGCAACACACUGAGGACAGGUGUGACUGGGUGGAGCCUGGUGAUGUGUCUCAGCACUUCAGAGAGGAGCUGCCUGCGGAGGAUCUCCUUCACUCACCUGGCAGCCAAUCAGAGGGUGAACCUGUUGCCGGCGGUGAUGGAGGCGUUCUCUGAUGCAGGUGGAGGUCUCUGUGUCUUCUACACUCGCUCACACCUGUCAGGAACUCAGUUUCCCAUGAGGCCAGAGGCCUGUGGGUCGACCAAUCAGAAGCCGCCGUUACCUGCGGACAGCCCCUCACCUGGCGGAGCCCCGCCCCCUGCUCUGGUUGCCAUGGUGAAUGUUUACGUCCUGGUGACGUCAGUGAAGCCGCUCACUUCUUUCCUGCAUGACCUCAGCGUGGUGACGACCAAUCAGGAGCAGCGGGGCCGACCCACUCAGCUCGCUCACUUCCUGCAGCACACCCUCGGCCCUCACUCCUCCCAUGAUGCUUUGCGGCAGAUAAAGAGGGUGAUCGGUGAGGUGCUGCUCGCCGCCGUGUCGACCAAUCAGGAGCAGACCUCCAGCAGGUGUGUGUUGUGUUUCCAGCUGUUGACCUUCACUCUGCUCUUCAGCGGCUCCAUCACACCUGUCGUCGUCCAGGUGGACACUGACCUGACGUUCUCAGCUCUGAGUGAGGAGGCAUUUGAGGGACCAAUCAGCAGAGACCGGAUCCUGGAGGACACUCUGCACUUCCUGCACCUGUCCUCUGCAGAGACUCAGUACGGUGGCUGCACAGGGACAUACGGCAUCUGUCUCUCUGAAGACGAGUUUCUUCUUCUGCUUCAGUUUCAGCGGCAGAUGAAGACGCCCUCAGCUUUUCAACUGGUGUAUCCCAGCUCCUCCUCUUCCUCCUCCCCCUCCUCCUCCCCCUCCCCCUCCUCCUCCUCCUCUCCUCUCCUCCUCUCAGAUCUCCUGAUCAGGAUCAGCCGUCACUAUGAGCUGCAGAGGAACCAGAGCUCCAGAAUUAAAGAGACAGAACAGACCAAUCAGAACGCAGGAGGGUCUAAUGGUACAGGUGUGUGUGUGGACCCCCGGCUGCGGCAGCUCUACCUGUCCCCCCCUCUGGCUCUGACCCCCCCCUUCAGCCCCUCAGUGAGGGAGUACCGGGCCGAGGUGACCUUUGACCUCCUGACGGUGCGAGUCCGACCCGAACCCAUGAGCAGCGCCUGCCGCGCUCACCUGGACCAGCACCUGGGCCCCAGCAUGGCAGUCUUCCCCCUCGCCCUCGGCGACAGCAGCAUCAUCAUCCUGGUGACGGGCGGCAAGGAGCCCGUCGUCAUGGCGACCUACAGCGUGCAGGUGACCCGCGACAGCCGGCCCAGCCUGCCCAUGUUCGGAGAUCAUGUGACCUGCAGCUUCCUGCAGGACUGUGGUCUGGUGGUGCACCCUGGUCUCCCCUGUGGUCUGCAGCCCUUCAUCAGGACGCUCAGCCCCCCCCUCACCUGCAGCUCAGGACACCAUCCAGGUGUGUGGGUGGUGCCGUGUCUCACCUGCUCUGACAACAGGACGUGUGAUUGGAGGGAGGUUACCUGGCAACCAGACGGCUGUUACCACCCGCAGGUCUCCCCCCCCCUGCUGCAGGCCUGUCUGACGGACAGGAAGGUGCUGUUCAUCGGGGACUCCACUAACCGCGGGAUGAUGUACUUCCUGUUGGAGCGGGUGAACUCCAGCCUGCAGGUGUGGGGGCGGAGCCACGACCUGCAGGUGUAUGAGCACCUGAACCAGGACCGGACCCUCGUCAGCUACUAUUACUACCCCCGCUUCUGGGAGGACAAGGACCAGAGACCCACCUUCAGACAGAGCCUGCUGCAGCUCAUACACAGGUCGCGCCCUCUGGUGAACUCUAAGCAGACGGUGCUGGUGGUGGGGGGGGUCCAGUGGCUGAAGGUGGAUCACCUGAGGACCGUCAGAGAGGUGCUGGACAGAGAGUCUCUCAGUGACGUCCUGGUGGUGGUCAAAUCUUUGGGGAUGGGGUUCCACCUACCUGUGGACGGGAUCCGGUCCCUCAGUCUGAGAGAGAUCCAGGACCUGUACAGGCAGAACCAGGACAUCAUCACUGCAGCAAAGCAUCAUGGGUACGAGGCGAUCGACACCUUCAGCAUCACCAUGGGUCGCUUCAGAGACUUCCUGCAGGGCCGCUGCGCCUGCCACUUCCACCAGGUGGAGAAGUCCUCCAGGCCUUCAGACCCCAUCACAGCCUCCAGAACCACACCUGAGCUCCAAUCAGACGCCCAGCAUCAAGAGAAGGAGGCGUGGCCUAGAGCCUCGACCUAUCACGUGAGAGGACCAGUGAACCAGGUGUACUCUGAGAUCCUGCUGAGCCGCCUGUGCCCCCGAAACACAUGAGAGAGAGACAGGAAGUGGUUCUGAUCCACACAACUACUUCCUGUUCAUUCUUAUGCACACUAGCUGCCUCUGAAGGACACUAGCUGCCUCUGAAGGACACUAGCUGCCUCUGAAGGACACUCGUUAGUCUAUGAUGUGUACUAGUUAGUCUAUGAUGUGUACUAGUUAGUCUAUGAUGUGUACUAGUUAGUCUAUGAUGUGUACUAGUUAGUCUAUGAUGUGUACUAUCUAGUCUAUGAUGUGUACUAGUUAGUCUAUGAUGUGCACUAGUUAGUCUAUGAUGUGCACUAGUUAGUCUAUGAUGUGUACUAUCUAGUCUAUGAUGUGUACUAGUUAGUCUAUGAUGUGUACUAGUUAGUCUAUGAUGUGCACUAGUUAGUCUAUGAUGUGCACUAGUUAGUCUAUGAUGUGCACUAGUUAGUCUAUGAUGUGCACUAGUUAGUCUAUGAUGUGCACUAGUUAGUCUAUGAUGUGUACUAGUUAGUCUAUGAUGUGUACUAGUUAGUCUAUGAUGUGUACUAGUUAGUCUAUGAUGUGUACUAGUUAGUCUAUGAUGUGCACUAGUUAGUCUAUGAUGUGUACUAGUUGGUCUAUGAUGUGUACUAGUUAGUCUAUGAUGUGUACUAGUUAGUCUAUGAUGUGUACUAGUUGGUCUAUGAUGUGUACUAGUUGGUCUAUGAUGUGUACUAGUUAGUCUAUGAUGUGUACUAGUUGGUCUAUGAUGUGUACUAGUUGGUGCACAUUAACUAGUUUCUAAUGCCCUAAAUCUGGCUGCUUCACUUCAGGUAUUUUCUGAUGCCUACUAACAAGGGUCUGAUACGUACAAACUGCUGCUGGUAUCUUUUGUCAUGUGACUAGUUAUCUCUGCAUACUAACUAGUGUCUGAUGCAUACUUACUAGUAGCUUAUGUUUAGUAACGACCUAGUAGCUUAAGUACUACUAGUUUUCGUGCCCACUUACUUGUUUCUGAUGCGUACUUGUUUAUAUUUGAAGUAUAGGGUCUAGUUUCUGAUGCGUACUUGUUUAUAUUUGAAGUAUAGGGUCUAGUUUUUGAUGCGUACUUGUUUAUAUUUGAAGUAUAGGGUCUAGUUUCUGAUGCGUACUUGUUUAUAUUUGAAGUAUAGGGUCUAGUUUCUGAUGCGUACUUGUUUAUAUUUGAAGUAUAGGGUCUAGUUUCUGAUGCGUACUUGUUUAUAUUUGAAGUAUAGGGUCUAGUUUCUGAUGCGUACUUGUUUAUAUUUGAAGUAUAGGGUCUAGUUUCUGAUGCGUACUUGUUUAUAUUUGAAGUAUAGGGUCUAGUUUCUGAUGCGUACUUGUUUAUAUUUGAAGUAUAGGGUCUAGUUUCUCUGUGUUAUUGUGUCUCUUGUGGUCAGAACAACGUCCUGGUUACUUUAAAGAUUCAUAUUGAAUUUUUUAUUUGAAUAUCCGUCCUCUGUCUCGAUGUUCCUCCUUUAUAUAUAUAUAUAUAUAUAUAUAUAUAUAUAUUUAAAUGCCUCAGUUAUUAUCUUUAUGUGUAUAUGAGAUGACGAUGAUGAUGAUGAUGAUGAUGAUGAUGGUGAUGAUGAUGUGAAGGAAACGUCUUAAUGUUUGUAUGUUUUAUAUUUCUCUACAGAUGUGUAUUGCGCCUCUCUGAUCGUGUUUACAUGUAAACAGAAUAUAUAUAUUUAUAUAAAUGUUAUCAUUAUCUUCUGCUCUAUGAAAUGUUUACAGGAACAAUUCAUCAAUCACACGAAUAUCCAAACAUGUUUUAUCUUUUAUACAUUUUAAUAUAUCUUUAUAUUAAAGUUAUAUGAA